AUGAAAUUGAAGGAGAAAAUACCGGUGGAGGAAGCGCAGUUGGAGAAAAAGGAAUCCGCGUACGGUGGAACGGUAGAUUCGGCGGCAGCCGAAGAGACGAUCGAUCCGAAUGAGUACUAUAAACUGCGCCUCAACGCCCUCGAGCUACUUCGAAAGCAAAACAUCGAUCCGUACCCGCAUAAGUUUCACGUGGACAUCUCGUUUCACGACUACAUAGCCAAAUACGACUAUCUAAAGGCAGGAGAGAUGUCUGACGAUGUGGUGUCCGUUGCCGGUCGUGUGCACGCUAAACGAACGUCUGGUCAGAAACUGAUCUUCUAUGACAUCAGAUCAGAAUCCUUGCGAUUGCAGGUGAUGGCAAAUGCAAGAAUGUACGAUGGUGGUGAAGAACUGUUUACGCGUGCUAACGAUUCGUUACGCCGGGGCGAUAUCAUCGGCUGCCGCGGUCGGCCAGGUCGAACGAAAAAAGGCGAACUAAGCAUCAUAGCUCAGCAGUUGCUGCUGUUAACGCCGUGUUUGCAUAUGCUGCCGCAUCUGCAUUUCGGUCUCAAGAACACGGAAACCCGUUACCGCAUGCGUUACUUGGACCUGAUGCUCAACGAACACGUUAAAAAGAAAUUUUUCGUUCGCGCCAAAAUGAACAACUACAUCCGGACGUACUUGGAUAAGUUAGGUUUCUUGGAGGUAGAAACUCCGAUGAUGAACAUGAUCGCUGGCGGCGCAAUUGCAAAACCCUUCGUUACGCACCACAAUGAAUUGGACAUGGACCUGUACUUGCGCAUUUCACCCGAACUUUACCUGAAAAUGCUAAUCGUUGGAGGAAUCGACCGAGUUUACGAACUAGGGCGUCAGUUCCGUAAUGAGGGUAUUGACUUGACGCACAAUCCUGAAUUCACCUCGGUAGAAUUUUAUAUGGCUUAUGCUGACUAUAAUGAUCUGAUGAAAAUCACUGAGGAUUUAGUGUCAGGCAUGGUCAAGCAUAUACGGGGUUCUUACCGAAUCGAGUAUCAUCCAACUGGUCCAGACGGUGAAGUGAAAGUAAUCGAUUUUACCCCUCCAUAUUCACGAAUAUCAUUUUAUGAAGCUUUGGGAAAGAAACUUAAAGUAACACUACCUCCGGCUGAUCAGCUUGCUACCGAAGAGAGCCGUGAGUUUCUUGACAAAAUCUGCCAACAACACGAAAUCGAAUGCCCGCCACCGAGAACCACCGCGCGACUACUUGACAAGUUGGCUGGUGCGCUCAUCGAGCCUGACUGUAUGAAUCCGACAUUUCUCACUGAUCACCCGCAGAUUAUGAGCCCGCUGGCAAAGUGGUAA